AUGAGUGGUUUUAUGAUUGGUGCAAUUAUCGCUGGUAUAUAUAUUACAAAUUCAUCAGAUGCUGUACAUCAUGCAUUAAAUUUAUGUGGCUCAAUUCAUAUUGCUGAUAAAGAUGCAAUGAAAGGAUCUUUAAUGAAUACAAUUGCAAAAGCAAAACCAACCCGAUUUUUUGGUGUACCAAGAGUUUUUGAAAAAAUGCAAGAUAAAAUAUCUCUUGUAGAAAAACAAAAUUAUAGUUUUCUUCAAAUAAUCUUAAAUUGGGCCAAAUAUUAUGCAUCUGAUUAUCAUUUAUCUGUAAUGAAUGGUACUAUACCAAAAUAUGGUGGACGUUAUUGGUUUGCUCAAAAUAUUUUAACAAGCAUUAAAACUGUUUUCGGUUUAGAAAAAUGUAAAUAUUUUUUAACUGGAGGAGCACCAAUAUCACAUGAAACAAAGAAAUUUUUUUUGGAUUAUGAUAUACGAUUAUAUGAAAUAUAUGGUUUGUCAGAGACAUCGGGAGGUGUUGCAUUUGGUGAUGAACAAAUUAAAGAUUUUGAUGCUAUUGGUCGACCAGUUAAUGGUAUUAAAUUCAAAAUAUAUAAACAAAAUGCUGAAGGUUAUGGUGAAAUUUGCAUUAAAACCCGCAGUAAUUUUAUGGGUUAUGUUAAUGAACCAGAAAAAACUAAUGAAACUCUUGAUUCAGAUGGUUGGUUACAUACUGGUGAUUAUGGUUGUUUAGAUGAACAAGGAUAUUUAUAUAUAACUGGACGUAUUAAAGAAAUUGUAAUAACAUCUGGUGGUGAAAAUAUACCACCACAUCAUGUUGAAAAUCUAAUUAAAACACAAUUACCAGGUAUUAGUAAUGUAUUUUUAGUUGGAGAUCAAAUAUUAAAAGCUGGUCCAUGUUCUAAAGUACAAUAUGCAAUUGCUGAUGGUAUUAAACGUGCUAAUAUGAAUGCAAUAUCAAAUGCACAAAAAGUACAAAAAUUUCGUAUAUUACCAAAUGAUUUUACAAUGAUAACUGGUGAAUUGGGACCAACUUUAAAAAUUUAA